CCACAGCCAUCCGGUAAGAUGGUCCCUUUGCUUUGUCUCCGCUGACCGGAGUUCUUUCACUUUUCCUGGUUGCCAUCGAACAUUUUGAAAUUUUAGCGAGUCGGACCAGCUGUAGCAAUUGCAAUACGUGUUUCUCUCCAUUACGAAAUGACGAUAGCUGAACGCAGGUAAAAUGAGUACAGUUUCUUCUGAAUCAAACCUUGACCAAAUGGCAGAAACUGCGGAAGAGCCUGGUAGCUCAACAGAACCGAUGAAGCCUUCAUCUUCUCGUACUAAGAGGAAUCCUGUUUCUGCAGCUAAGCACACUGGAUCAAAUGAAUCUGAGGGUUCGGCUGAGAGUGAAAAUGAAUGUGCCGCUUCAGAAGAGGCAUCAGACAGCAAUGUGGACAGCACCUCUAAAGGUACUUUAGUGAUGAGGCCAUCUGGGAAGGAAAACAAAGGUGCCAUGAAGCUCAGAGUGGAUUUCAAACUGAAACAUACAGAUGAUGCUCUGCAGAAGAAGGUAAGCUGCACAGCCUGUGGACAACAAGUAAACCAGUUUCAGCGCAACUCUUUGUAUGAGCAUCCUGUACUCAAAGUGCUCAUUUGCAAGGCAUGUUACAGGUAUUACACCAGCGAUGACAUAGGCAGAGACUCUGAUGGGAUGGAUGAACAGUGCAGAUGGUGUGCUGAAGGGGGCAAGCUCAUCUGUUGCGACUACUGCAACAAUGCUUUCUGUAAGAAGUGCAUCCUGCGCAACCUGGGUCGACGGGAGUUGUCAGUCAUUACAGACGAAGACUCAAAGUGGCACUGUUAUGUCUGCAGGUCAGAUCCCCUUCAGGAUCUGGUGGCCAAAUGCCACCGUAUCAUGGAAAAACAUAUGCAACUCACGCAACAGAAAUCUGAUAAAAGCCAGGAACGUGAUGGCAAGAAACACAAGAAUAAAGCAAUCAAAGAGCACAAAACAAUUAUCAAUGGGAAAGAACACUUAGAAGGCUCAGGGACCAUGACAUUCUCUUACAAAAAAUUGCAAGUACCCAAAGAAUUUAUAAAGAAAGCAAAAAGACUUGUUGAAACUACAGCUGGUUUGAACAAUACAUUCAUCCAGUUUAUCCAGCAGGCCACAGAGGAGCAGGGAAAUAAGUCUGUCAGGUAUCGGCAUUUGAAAGCCUUCAAAGCUGUACUUGCAGACUUGAGAAAAGCCCAUGAUGCUUUGGAGGCAGCUUUAGAGCCUGAGUUUAAAAACAUGGAGUUACAGAAUGGUAAUGAAGAACACCAUAGUGCAAGGAAAACCACUGAAAGUGUGAUGCUCAUUGAAAAUGACCAUAUUGAUAAUGUGACUGAUGCAGUUGAAGAGGAUGGCGUAGUUGAGGAAGCUGAAGAAGAGGACCAGGAAAUGGAGAAUGACCAUGUACUAGAUAUGACUGAAACAAUAGAAACCCAAACGGAUCUGGAAGCAACCAAAAACACUCCUAAAAUAGAGGACUGUGAUGGUGAAAUAGUGUCAGCUGGUGAAAUGGCUUUGGAUCAUGAUAUAAUGUCUGUUUCUCCUUCAGUUCCCGAAGAGCUUUUUCAGAUGGUAGAAAGUCUUGCAGAUUCUACUGUACUCUCUCAGACUAAUUCUGAUUUAGUAGCAGGUGCUAAUACAGAGUCAAAAGGAGAUUCAGACUCUCAACUCUCCCAGCCCAAGGUGAAAAACCUCAUUGUUAAACUGACUCCUGUACCUGUGGUAACAACAUGUCACUCAAGGUCCUCCUUGUCCAAAAACAGAGGAAAGGACAAGGUGGUUGGGUCUAAACAAGAAUAUAAGGAGGAAAAUGAAGGUGAUGCAGUUGAUGUAACCACUGAUAGCCCACAACCCAGUCAUCGUUCAAACAGAGUGAAAACUACUCCCUUGCGGAAGCAAAGCGAAAACAAGGACCAGACAGAUUCUUCUGAGUCAGAAUCCGAGAGUGACUCUGAAGGGAAGGCCAAACCCUCCAAGAAAUCCAGGACCAAAAAAGAGGAUGGGAAACAGACUAAUUCUUUGUCAGAGGCAAAGAUGGAUUCUGACUCCGAUGAAGUUCCUAACGUACUGCUGGAGAGAGCAGCAGCAGGCCACAGCACAGAUGAGGAAAAGGGAAGCAGAAGUGCAAAAAAAUGUUUAUUUAAGGAAAACAAGUCCAAGCGCAAAAGAAAAUCUGACAGCUUCGAGUCAGAGUUGGAGAGCAAAGCCAAAAUAGCAUCCAAGAAGAACAAGAGACAGGCUUGCUCAGACUCUUCUGACAAUGAUUCUGAUCUGGAGAAGAAAAAUAAUAAACUUGGCACAAAGAAAAGGAGAUCUAAGCGUGUGAAGAAACAAGAGGAGAAAGAGGAAAGCAAAAGCUCUCCUGAGAGGAAGCCAGGAGAUCGAAAAAGGUCGUAUGAAAAGAAGUCUAAGGGGAGAAAAUCCAAAAGCGCCUCCAAGGACCAGAUGACCUCUUCCAGUGAGGAUGAGGAUGAGCAGCAAGCUGAAGGUGAUUCUGGAGAAGACAGUGAUGCACAAAAGAUUAAACCCAUAGUGGAGGAAAAUGUGUUGGACAGCGGAGCAUUCCAUCAGUCCUCAGGAGAUGAAGUGGAUGUUAAAGAAGAUACACGGGCAGGUGAUGAUGAUGAUGAUGAUGAUCCCGAAAAUAGAAUAGCAAAGAAAAUGCUCCUUGCCCAAAUAAAGUCCAACUAUUCCUCUGGAGCAGAAAGCUCUACUGAUAAUGAAGAUGAUGAUAAAGAUGACAAUAAGUCUUCAAACAAAGUGAAAAAAGAUGACGACAAAGAGGAUGAUGGUGAUGAAGACCAGGAAGAAACUGAUGAUUCUGAAGACUCAUGUUCUGAUGUUGAAGUGAAGAAAGGUGGUCGACGCCACCACUUGUUACGACAUAAACUCUCACUGAGUGAAGGUGAAUCUGAUGAGGGGUCAUCAGAUAAAAAAGAGAAGAAAAGUAAGGAGAAAAAGAAAAAGACAAGGCAGAAAGUGGACAGCGAUGACUCUGGAGACUCUGACUUUGAGAAAUCAGAAUCCAGUGCAGAGUCUGCAAUAAGUGAAGAACUCAGUGAUUCCGAUAAUGGGGGGAAGCGUAGAAAGACCAGAUCUACUGCAAAGAAAGGUGAUGAGAAGCGAAGUUACCAACAGAAGAAGAAACGUCGCAGAAUCAAAGUGCAGGAUUCCUCUUCCAGCAAUGAAAAGAGUGGAGAGGAGGAAGAUGGAGAGGACAACGAUGAAAAUGCGAAGGACACACCUAAGGGACGAAAAAAGAUCCGGAAAAUCUUGAAGGAUGACAAAUUGAGGACAGAAACGAGGGAUGCUUUGAAAGAAGAGGAAGACAGGAGGAAGCGUAUAUCUGAUAGGGAGGCACUAAGAGAGAAACUCAGAGAGGUGAUUGUGGUGCAAGAAUCUUCCCAAGUCACCUGUCCCAUUACGACCAAGUUGGUAUUGGAUGAGGAUGAGGAGACGAAGGAGCCUCUGGUGCAGGUGCACAGGAACCUUGUGACAAAGCUGAAACCUCACCAGGUUGAUGGGGUGCAGUUUAUGUGGGACUGCUGCUGUGAAUCUGUGAAAAAAAUUCAGAAGUCUGCUGGCUCUGGUUGCAUCCUCGCUCACUGUAUGGGCCUUGGAAAAACUCUUCAGGUGGUGGCAUUCCUUCAUGCUUUGCUUCUCUGUGAGAAGCUUGAUUUUGCCACAGCACUGGUGGUUUGUCCCCUGAACACUGUCCUUAAUUGGCUCAAUGAGUUUGAGAAAUGGCAAAACGGAAUGAAGGAUGACGAGAGUUUAGAGGUCACUGAGCUGGCUACAGUAAAAAGACCACAGGAGCGAGCAUAUGCUCUUCAGCGCUGGCAAGAGAUGGGAGGGGUUAUGAUCAUUGGCUAUGAGAUGUAUCGAAACCUUACGCAGGGCAGGAAUAUUAAGAGCAAGAAGCUCAAGGAGACUUUUCAAAAGACACUGGUUGAUCCAGGUCCAGACUUGGUGAUCUGUGAUGAAGGUCAUGUCCUAAAGAAUGAGGCGUCGGCAGUGUCCAGGGCAAUGAACGCCAUCAAGACAAGGAGGAGGAUUGUGUUAACUGGAACACCUCUUCAAAACAACCUCAUUGAAUACCACUGCAUGGUGAAUUUUAUCAAAGAAAACUUGCUUGGGUCAGUUAAGGAGUUCAGGAACAGGUUCAUUAACCCCAUCCAGAAUGGGCAGUGUGCUGACUCUACCCUACACGAUGUGCGCAUCAUGAAGAAGAGGGCUCACAUUCUCUAUGAAAUGCUUGCUGGCUGUGUCCAGAGGAAAGAUUACACGGCACUUACCAAGUUCUUGCCUCCAAAGCAUGAGUAUGUGUUGUCAGUGAGAGUGACCCCACUGCAGUGCAAACUCUAUAAAUACUACCUGGAGCACUUCACUGGUGUGGGAACUGUCAUGGAAGGUGGUCGGGGCCGUACAGGGACCAAACUCUUUCAGGAUUUCCAAAUGCUCAGCAGAAUUUGGACUCAUCCCUGGUGCCUUCAGCUGGACUACGUCAGCAAAGAAAGCAGGGGUUUUUUUGAUGAAGACAGUAUGGAAGAAUUCAUUGCCUCAGAAACAGAAGAGUCUUCUAUGAGUCUGACCUCUGAAGAUGAGAAAAAUGAGAAAAAGAAAAGGGGAAGGGGUAAAAAGAAGGCAUCUCAUAAGUCAGACAGUGAUGAUGUGGAGGUCAUCAAAGAGUGGAACUCCAGCUCUCGGGGCAGGAAUGGAGAAACAGGCCGAAACAGACCAGAGCCUGUAGAAGAACCAAAACCCUCUGGUUCAGCGCCAGGGAGCCCCACUCCUGAGUGGUAUAAGGAGUUUGUUACUGAGGCUGACUCUGUGAUCCUGGAGCAUUCUGGGAAGAUGGUACUCCUCUUUGAGAUCCUACGUAUGGCAGAAGAAGUUGAUGAAAAAGUGUUGGUGUUUAGCCAGUCUCUUAUCUCUCUGGAUUUAAUUGAGGAUUUCUUAGAAUUGGCUUGCACUGCUAAAGACGAUGACAAGCCCUCUCCAUACAAAGGUGAAGGAAAGUGGUUCAGGAACAUUGACUACUAUCGUCUGGAUGGUUCUACCAAUGCCACCACCAGGAAGAAGUGGGCUGAGGAGUUCAAUGACACCAGCAACACAAGAGGCCGUUUAUUCCUCAUCUCAACACGAGCUGGCUCUCUUGGAAUCAAUUUGGUUGCAGCCAACAGGGUCAUCAUCUUUGAUGCUUCUUGGAACCCCUCUUAUGAUAUCCAGAGUAUCUUCAGGGUCUACCGCUUUGGCCAGAUUAAGACAGUCUUCGUAUACAGGUUCCUAGCACAGGGUACAAUGGAGGAAAAAAUUUAUGAGCGGCAGGUAACGAAGCAGUCCCUGUCUUUCCGAGUGGUGGACCAGCAACAGAUUGAGAGGCACUUUACAAUGAAUGAGCUGGCUGAGCUCUACACUUUUGAGCCAGACAUGCUAGAUGAUCCCUCGGAGAAAAAGAGCAAGAGAGCAACUCCCAUGCUGCCCAAGGAUCCAUUCCUUGCAGAGAUGCUGCAGAACAACAAGGAUCAGAUUGUGUGUUACCAUGAACAUGAUUCUCUACUGGACCACAAAGAGGAGGAAGCCCUGAGUGAGGAGGACCGCAAGGCUGCCUGGGCUGAGUAUGAGGCAGAGAAAAAGGGUCUGUCAGUAAGAUCCAAUUUACCAUCCGCGUACUCCCAUAUGGACAUGAGUGGAGCAACCUACUCCUUCAACAUGGCAGCUUUGGCUUCCAUGACCAACCAGCAGCUGGAGGAUCUUAUAAACCAAGGACGGCAGAAAGUUCUGGAAGCCACAAAUGCACUGAAGACUUUACCACGGGACUCGCUGGAAGAUAUUAUUGCCAAAGUGUGGGUGGAGAAUCCGUCACUGACAGAGAACCAGGUGCAGUCGAUGGCUUUGGGACGUCAGGCCGGUUUGGAACUGGAGCUGAAGCGCAGGGAAGCAGUUUAUCGAGAUGUUCUCACCCGGCAGCAAACGCUGAUGAUGUAUGUGCAAAAGCUGAUCACCAACAGGAAGGUCCAGGAGCAGCAGCUGGCUCUGGCAAACCAGGCCGGUUAUCUUAACCAGCUAGCCAUGCAGAACGGCAUGUUGGGAAGCUCUGGACUCAGCCAAAUGGACCUGCUGGGGCUUUACCAGCAGCUCCAUGGUCUGGCUCCCCAUCAAAUCAUGGGCAAGAACCCCGGGCCCUCCAAGAGCCUGUAGGUCAGGAGGACUCUUCUCCGCACCCCAAUCAGGUAGUCUGCUCCAGUGGUCCGGUCCAAGGAAGGCCCCUUUUCUCUGCAACAAGUACACCAUGUAGAACCAGAGUCUGCUCUAAGCAAACUGGUUCAGAUGUUCCUGGUUGGACUUGGUGCACCAGUCAGAGAUGGGGGGAGUUCUAGGCUGCUGUCCAGUGGGAUCGACUCAGUCCUUUAUUCUUUAGUUCACUGACAGAAAGUGGAAUAUAAAGUAUAGAUGACUGUGUGACUGGGGUUUAAAAACUAUUUCAACAGGAAAAAUGUAUAUACCGCCUUAAUGUUAUUCAAGUUCUAUAUCUUCAUUUUACAUGUAAUUAAAUAGUCAACUUUUACCCCCAGUGCUUCAAAGCAUUGUGUUGUUUUCCCUUAAGGAGGAUUAUUUAAAUUCAGUUUGUAUACAAUUUCAAAAGCCUAACUAGAAUAAAGUGAGUGGGACCAGUGAUAUUGAGAAAAGGAUUCUUUGACGUAGGAACGUCUUGAUUUUGGCAUCUAUAGAUUCUUACACCAAUGUCUAGCAAGUGGAUAGCUGUUGGUGCUGCAACACCCUGUUUGUUUUUUUUUUGUUUGUUUUUUUGAGAUAGAAAAAUGGCUGUCAGCAAAAACAUUUAACAAAAAAAAGGCCUUAUAUGCAUUUCCUAAAAAAAAGUAAAUCUCUGUAAAGUUAUUAAAUUCGAGGUUUGUUGAAUCUUUUUGUAUUAUGCUUUUAAGUGUUUACAGUAGUUGUCGCAAAACAUUGUAAUGCGUGUGAGGUUUAAAUCUGCCUGCUGGUUCCUAUGACCUUUUUGUAAUAUUCUCAUUGUCAUGUGUUGUCUAGAAAAUAGCACUGCACAUCCUGUUCAUUGGUUCUUUUUAACUUGUGUUGCACCUGGAUGAAAGACUCACACAAAGCUCAUCAAGUCAACCAGGGAUCAGUGGACCCAAAUAACUUCCCUGUACUUGUCUUUCAGAAAUGCAGAAUACUGUUUGGACAAAAGUAAAAAGUCAUGAUUGUAGUCCUCUUGUAGCUGGUUGACUUGUGGUGGCUUUGUGACCCUGCAGUCUCACCAGGUGAGACCCAAACUGACUGUAAUUCUACUUUGGCACAUUCACGCUUCUAGAUACUGAAACUGAUGUUGUUGUUUUCAUGAGGAAAACAUAUAUGUUUCUCAUUAAGAGACUCCGCUUGUCUCUAGUUGGCUCCUGUGUUUGCACAAUAUGUAUUUCAUAAAUGUAGAUUUUUUUUUUCUUUUGCCCUUCUACAAAUGUUAAUAAAUACAACAUCACGAUUU